GACAGCCUCGAUUGCAUGCGUAGGAACGGCAGGGUCCGUGAGGGCAAACGCAAAUCGAUUGUUAAACAUGUGCACCCCUAAUUUGCUAUUAUCCCCUUGAAAGUUGCUUUAACAGGGAAGCGUUUCAUCUCAAACAAAUGGAAGGCUUCUAGAAUGAAGAUAUCCUCACACAUGCGUGAAAGAAACUUUAACUGAACGUCAGGAACUGAUCUGAUACUAUCGUCUGGAGCAAAGGUUCAACGAAGAAACAGGCCGCAGAUUACCAUGAAGAUAUUAUUUCGAUGUUUUCACCUGUUUCUUUUCACUCUUGCCGUCACAUCUCCGGUAUGUGGAGAUAAUUUUACCCUGGGUUUGCUUGUACCCUAUGAUGAAUCACAUGCUCCUGCCGUGGGAAAACUGUUCGCACCCGCCAUUGUAACCGCCGUGGAUGACAUCAAUAACUCAUCUGAUCUUCUCUCCGGCCACCAUCUGUCUUAUAUCUGGACUGAUACCAAGUGCAACGAAGAUACGUCUCUGCAUGCAAUGGCUUAUCAGAUUCACGAGAAGAAGGUGUCCGCCAUUAUAGGUCCUGGAUGUACUUGCCAAUAUGAAGCGAGAUAUGCCAGCGUACAGGACGUCGCAAUGAUAUCUUACAUGUGCAGAGAUCCGCUGACUAAAAAGGAAGAUUACGCAACAUUUGCAGAGACGUUUAUCCAGGUGGAGGUGCAUAAACUAUCGAGAGGCCUCAUUAAAAUGUUCCAAAAGUUCAACUGGUCAGAAGUGGCCAUAUUGUAUGAAAACAUUACCAGUUAUAUCAGGAUGAAAGAAGUCGUGGAGCGCGAGUUUAAUUCUAACAAUAUCAAAGUGCUUAUGGAUAGAGAGCUUCUUGCUGACCAAUGCUACAAUCAUGUGAAGAACAACCGUUCAAGUUAUUGUGAUCCGCCCACAUCGGUGACGAAUGUAAGCGAUUACAUGGGAAAUAUGUUCAAAGAACUGAAGGACAAAUGCAGAGUUGUACUUUACUUGAGUGAAUAUUCAGUGGCCCGUCAGACGCUUGAGUACGCGUAUAAUCAGGGUAUGACACAAGGCGACUAUGCAUUCGUCAUGCUACAACUUGACCUUGAACGGUUCAAGCGUAACAUGGACAAGCCAGUACAAAUAUAUGUGCUUAUGGAUUUGGAUAAAGACAAAACAUGUGAUUAUUAUCAAGCCCUGGAGUCGGUGGUAUUAGUGGAGGUUCAGAGUAAAUUACCAGAUGAGAAGAAGUCGUAUGAAGCGUUUGAAAAGAAAGUCAAAGAAAAAUAUGACAGUUUCAAGACAAACUUAACAGCGAGCAUCGAGACGAUGGAUGCACCGCUGUCAUUUUACGCCUAUUAUUUGUAUGACGCUGUUUAUCAAUAUGCCAAAGCAUUGAAUAAAACUUUGGCAAGGGGUAAGAAUGGAACAGGACGAAAUGUCAUUCGCAACCUACUAAACUCUACUUACGAGAGCAAGUUAGGUCCCAGCGUGUUCAUUAAUGAGAAUGGAUCAGCCGACGUUGUAAAUCUCCGCAUUGUGGAUAUUCGUUGGAAAAAAUCUGUUGCUCACGCAAAUGACUGCCUCUCUGGCAGUGGUGGCCCCAGUGCAACGCAAUUAGGACUAAUAACAUUUGAUCAAGAGAACACUCAAAUCAAUGUGAGCACGGAAGAUUUUCAGUGGCCAAAUGGUGGAAAAAUACCUCUGUCAAAACCAAAGUGUGGGUUUGAUGGUCUGUUAUGUGUUACUUCUACACCUUCCACACUUAACACAGCGAAAGAAGAUCGCCAAGAUGAUGGAAAAAUUGGUGCUAUUAUUGGAGGAGUUUCAGCGUUUGCAGGCAUCACUUGUAUCAUACUCCUCGUCAAUGUCAUCAGACAAUACAUGUUAAAAAAAGAGAUGGACAGUUUAUUGUGGAAAAUGAAUUACAAAGACAUUCGUUGGGUGCAGACGUCUUCCAGCGUUAGUUCUGACAUGGCUGAAGAAGAAAAUUCGCUUUCAAUGUCUCGUAGAACAAGCAACCAAUAUACUUUUACGAACUUUGGAUUUUAUAAGGAAAAUAAAGUGACCGUGAAGCAGAUUGGAACCAAGACGAUUGAUUUAACAAAAUCUAUUCUCUUAGAACUGAAACAGAUGCGCGACUUUCGUCACGAAAAUUUCGCCCAGUUUUAUGGAGCCACUGUUGAUUCACCUUACAUCUGCAUUGUUUUUGCCUUCCUUCCCAGAACCCUUAAGGAUUUUCUGGCUUGUUCAGACGUGAAGCUGGAUAAAACAUUUAUUUCGUCUUUAGUCACAGACAUUGUUAAGGGUAUGGCCUAUCUUCAUUCGUCAGAUCUCAAGUACCAUGGUAACCUAAAAUCUUCCAACUGCCUGAUAGACAGUCGGUGGACGCUGAAAAUUUCUGAUUAUGGCCUUACUAUGUUGAGAUCAAAGUGUAAUUUAACUGCAAAGACGAGCAGCGAAGAUUUACUUUGGACAGCACCGGAGCUACUCCGUAAACGUUUCAGUUUUCCUAACAGUGCUUCUCAUAAGAGAAACAGGAAAUAUGUCAAUAUUCAGAAGGCCGAUGUGUACAGCUUUGCUAUUAUUCUUCAAGAGUUUCACACCAGGAAAGGACCAUUUAGCAAUAACAGGAACCUCUGCGCGAAAGAAAUUGUAGGGAGAAUCACAGAACCCGAAGUUCCCAUAUUUCGCCCUACUGUGCUUAAUUUUAUUGAAGAAUUGGACGAACUCAGGGAUCUGAUGAAAAACUGUUGGGAGGAAGAUCCUGAUAGCAGACCAGACUUCACCGAGAUCAAGAAAAGAAUAAACAGGAUUCUGGUCAAUAAAGGAAUUAAAACUAACAUUUUCGACAGCAUGAUUUACAUGAUGGAGAACUAUGCCAACAAUCUUGAGGAUAUUGUGACUGAAAGAACAAGUCAACUAAUAGAGGCAAAGAGAGAAACAGAAGAACUUCUUUACAAAAUAUUUCCAAGACCAGUUGCAGAACAACUCAUUAAGGGAAAACAAGUCGAGGCCGAAAACUUUGACGAAGUGUCCAUUUAUUUCAGUGACAUCGUAGGAUUUACAAGCCUCUCUUCUGAGAGUUCGCCAAUGCAGGUCGUUACUCUUCUUAAUGAUCUCUACACAUUAUUUGAUGACAUUAUAAGCGAAUACCGUGUAUAUAAGGUUGAGACCAUCGGUGACGCUUACAUGGUGGUUUCCGGUCUUCCGAUAAAAAAUGGGCACGAUCAUGCGGGUGAAAUAUCCCGGAUGGCUUUGCACCUAUUGGACUCAGUCAAGGAAGAGUUCGUCGUCCGUCAUAAGCCUGGGUACAAACUACAGCUUCGUAUUGGUAUUCACAGUGGUCCUGUUGUUGCUGGAGUGGUUGGAAGCGCUAUGCCUCGUUACUGUCUCUUUGGCGACACGGUGAACACUGCAUCCAGAAUGGAGUCCUAUGGAGAAGCCGGAAUGAUACAUAUCAGCGAAGCAACAAAGAAUAUUCUUGAAAUUCUUGGAGGAUUUACGAUCAAGCGCAGAGGAGAAGUGCUCUUGAAGGGAAAAGGAGAGGUCACAACAUACUGGUUGAUGGAACAUAAGCAUACAAGACAGCCAGUCUCUCCAAAAAGACCGCGUCCAAAGAGACAUUUUUUCAAUACUACCAACGAUGGCGGAGGAUUGAAACCUUCCUGUAUUACGCGCUCGUCGUCGUUACGAAGGUCACUCAAAUGUGCGUCUGAAAACCCAAUGACAAAAAUUCCAAUUCAGGUUGUUGUUGGUAACGGUAAUAAUCGGGAAAAAAGGAAAGAAAGUACGCACUCUAUUACAAGUGUUUAAGGCAUCUGGGAAGGUAUUCGUGUGUCUGCACGUGUGAUCAGUGUUGCCCCAACUUUCAAGUCAGAAAUUGUUGGUAACUAUCCGGUUAAGAGAUUUCUUUUUGUCUGUAUUUCAUGGUGCAUACCCAGUUCACUCGAGUGGCCUAAGCAUGUGGCUUGGAGGAGCCUGAGAUCAGCUUUAUAAUUGAAAUACGCCAUCAAGAGGUGCUGGUCUGCGCCAAAAGAAUUUACGUGAUACUGCUACUGAUGGUUUCUGAGAAUACAGGAUUCUGUCAAACGCAACAAACUCUUCAAAACAUGACAAGAGGGGCUUUCCCCUUGCGCUCACAAAAGGCAUAACAAGGCAACCACGUGUAGUUUAGGACAUUACUUUGUUUGAUUUUAUACAAGUCUCUAAAUCUUCUUUAAUAGCUGUGAAGCUUGUUACCCUGCCGUUGUGAGAAAGGAUUGCGUUACAAGCCGCAAUUCACUAGAUAAACUUAUGCUCACCCACUCUCCAGUGGAAAGAACUGAACAUGCGCCACUGGCUUACAAGUCACUGAGCGCAGAGAAUCCAACUGCUUUUUUUUCAGUUGAGAAAAAUUUCUUUGUACGUGUUAACCUUGAUAAAAAUGAUUCCUUUAGGGAUUUGUGCAUCUCCCGAACGCUCCCGUGUUUCCAUUUUCCCAAAAAACCAUUACGUUUUCAAAAAACAUUCAAAUAAAAAGGAUUUUAAAUCCAUCAGUUUUACUCCGAUAUAUGUAACACAGAAACUGACACAACCUGGAAUUUCUCAGGUCUUUACUUUUUUCCCUUCGAGGGACAAGGUUACCAGCUCUUUAUUCCUAGUAUAUUGUAUAGUUACAAUAUCUACAUUGUUCCUUUGGUGUAAAUAUGCAAAAUCUUUGAUUAAAAAAAAAUCU